AUGCGAAUCAUUGCUCGCGAACGGGAACUGCGUUUUCAAGCGGAAAAACGUCGUGAUGAAAUCGCACGUGAAUUUCUUGAUUAUCAACAACAGAUGAAAGAAAUUCAUGACACACUGCCUAAAUAUCAAGAAGCAGCUGAACUACUGGCACGGAAAGCACAUUUAAGUGGUGAAGAAGCUCGUUUACAAGCUGCUAAAGCGCUUGAAAUUGAAAGUCAACUUGAACGAUGUCGAUACGAAAUGAAUCGAAAUGAGGAAGAGAAACGAUUGUACGCUCGACAAAUCAAUGAAUGUGAACAAGUUAUUUCAACGUUAGUCAACGAUUCUGCGAAAAAUUCUCAUCAUCAUCCAUCCUAUUAUCAUGAAUUUAAUCUCCUUUCAUCUACUAUUGAACAGCGUCGUAAAGAAGCUGAUGAAUUGAAACUAGAAGUAGCCAAAUGGCGUGUUGCAGAAGCUGCAGCCCGAGAAAAACUUUUAGCAAUCACACAACUGAACCAAUCAUUAGCAUUUACCAAUGCAGCCGUCCACGCGCAAGUAAGAACAACAGCGUUAUCUCCACCACCGUAUCAACCCAUUGGAUGCGUUCAAGAAUCGAAUGAAAGAGUUCAAUUGAUGGAAAAACAAUCAAAACAAGCACAAUUAGCUCUACAAUUACAAGAUCUGAAGAAUGUUAUUCAAUCAAAGAAGAUCGAAGAACGACAAACAUCGUUAGACAAGGCAUAUGAAGAGAGUUUGGCCAUUGGCGAUAAUAAAUAUUCAACGAUUCAAAAGGCACGAUCGGGAACAGCUCUGAAACGUAUGGCUAUGUUGCAAGAUUUAUAG